UGUUGUUUGGGUGGCUUGUCAGGAUAUAAUUGAAUUUAUGAUGAUUUUUAGAUCUCUUAUUGAUUCCUGUCUGUCGAGACAGCUCAUUUAAUUAAAAGGCAAAUAUGCUGGACGGCCAUGAAUGAUUUGUAGUUGCUGAUAGUCUUGGAGCAAUUGCAGAGACCUUGCAAGAAGUGGUGCAUAACUCCAAGCUUGGGACUUCAUUCGUUUUUCAAUCAUGUCCUGGCUGGGGGACAGCUUCAGUAGCCUCAAAGGCCAAAUAUCAAAUAUUGCUAAGGAAGUACUCGCAGAAGGAGCAGAUGAAGUUGAUGAUCAGGAGAUGCAACUGAAGAUAGCUAAUGACAAGAUAAAGGCACUCGAGGCGUCCAAUGCUUCCCAUGUGGCUGAGAUCGCCCGCCUUGAGCGCCACAGCGGCGAGCUCGAAGAGCGUCUGAACACUGCUGACCUCCGACUGAGCGGCCUGUCCAAGGAGCAUCGCCAGGAGCUCGUCACUCGAGAGAAGGAGCUCCUGAGCCUCAGGAACCAGCUGCGCGAUGCCCAGGACCGGCUGGAGUCGGGCAGCGGCGGCCAUGACGAGACGGAGACGGAGACGGAGACGGAGACGACCUCCGGCUCCGACCUAGACGACCUGCUGGCCGCACAGAGACGCAUCAACCAGCUGACGGCGCGCUGCGACCAGCUGAGCAGAGAACGCAGCCAGCUGGUCAAACAGCUGGAGCCGGACGAGCGGCAUGGAACCGCCGAACACACCCGGUCGCUGGAGGAACGGAUACAGGAGCUGGAGCAGCAGCUGCAGCGGACGGUGGACGCGCACCAGGAGCAGCUGGCGGCGCUGCAGGACAGCCACCAGCAGCAGCUCCAGCAGCUGCGCCGGCCGCCGGCUGCGCAGGAGAAUGGCUCGGACGCUGCGGCUGGCGGCGCGCCGGUGGAGGAGCCGGCCGCCUCCCAGGCGGCCGCGGAGGAGCCCUCGGCGGAGGAGGCGGACCUGCGCCGGCGGCAGCAGCGGCUGCGGACCACGCUCCAGCAGCUCACUGCUGAGCGGGACCGUCUGGCCGCCCGGCUGGAGGAGACCGGCGCGGAGCGGGACCGGCUGACUGCGGACCUCAGCCGGCUGACCGGCGAGAGGGACGCGCUGAGCGCCGAGCAACAGCAGACCCAGACGGAGCGGGAGGAGCUGCGGGCGCAGCUGCAGCAGGCCGCGGAGGAGCUAAGCACGCUGAGGGCCGGUCUGACAGAGACCAGCGAGGAGAAGGAGGGGCUGGUGGCCAGCCUGGAGGAGCUUGACCUGCAGAACCAGGCCGCCAACGAGCAGCUGCAGCGGGGCCGCGAAGAGUCCGCCGCCCUCCGGGAGCGGCUGCUGGCUGCUGAGGACGAGGCCCGCCUGCUGACCACGGCCAGGGACGAGCUGCUGGACCGGCUGAAGGCGGGCGCUGAUCAGACGGCAGAGCUGAUUGCGGAGAAGGACCGGCUGCGGGACUCACUGUCAGAGGCGGAGCAGCGGGCGGCGGCGCUGGCUGCGGAGAAGGACCGACUGCAGAGCUCACUGUCAGAGGCGGAGCAGCGGGCGGCGGCGCUGACUGCGGAGAGGGAUGAACUACAGACGCGACUGCAGGAGAGCGGCCAGCCACGGGAGGAGGAGAAGAGUGUGGAGGAGGAGGGUAGGGAACGGGAGGAGGAGGAGAGGAGGGCGCGGGAGGUGGCCGAGCUGACGGCCAGCAGGGACCAGCUGCUGGAGAAGCUGCAGAGCCAGCAGCAGCAGGCCGAGGCGGCAGAGGCGGAGAGGGAGGGGCUGCUGGCGAGACUGCGGGAGAAGGAACAGGAACUCAGCGUCCUCGACAAUGAACGGAAAUCAUUACUGGAGAGGCUACAAAUUCAGGAACAAAACCAGGCCUCCUCAGAGACGGAAAGAGGCGAAAUUUCCGAAAAGUUGCGACAUCAAACGGCAGAGCUCGCCGCCCUGAGCUCUGAAAGAGACCAACUUAUCGAGAAAUUAGGAGAAGCUAAAGAGGAAAAUGAUGCUCUGAAUGAGAAAAUUCAGAAGAAAACUGAGGAGUUUGAUGCUUCGAUUGCCAGCAGAGACGAACUCUCGGAAAAGCUGCUUCAGAAGAAGAGUGAGACCGCGGCGCUGACGACUGCCCAGGAUGACCUGACGGCCCAGCUGAGUCAGAAGGAGCAGGAGACGGCGCUCCUGACGGCGGCCAGGGACGAGUUGGCGGAGGGGCUCGCUCAGAGGGAGCGGGAGGCGGCCGAGGUAUCGGUCUCCGCGGACCAACUCACCCAGGAGCGGCGGCUGAGGGAGGCCGCUGAACAGCAGCUGGAGCUGAAACUCCGCGAGCUGGACGGCACGGCCUCAGAGAAGGCGGCGCUGGCCGGCCGGCUGGAGCAGCUGGAACUGCAGCUGCGGGACGCUGAGCAAAGUCUGAGCGCGGCCACUGAACAGCUGCAGGCAGAGAAGGCGCAGGCGGAGGCGCUGCUCAACGAGCACCCGUCCAACCACCAACCAGUCGAAGAAGACACUGUCGUCAAGGCGCACGUCAACUCGGUAGAGGGCGCCAUAAAACCCACACACCAUCCAGACCUUAUCGCCGUUCAGGCUCUCGAUCAUGCCGGGGAUGGAGAGGAGCCGACAUCAAUCGACCACAGUAGUCUGUUGGAGCGUCUCACCAAGCUGACGUCUGACGGUGAGGAGCUGCGAGUCUCUGUCUCCCAGAUCCUGGCCUCUCUCGGUUCCUCUGCCCCGCCGCUCGCCUCUGCUGAGCCCUCAGACGGCCCCUCCGCCCCAGUCUCCGCGCUGGUCUCCCUCAUUGAGCGGCUGCAGUCGCAGCAGCAGCGGCAGGCGCGACUGGGCGCGCUGGCCGUGCGCCGCUGCCGGGAGCUCGAGGAGCUCAGCGACACGCUGCAGAGCUCGGUCAGUGAGCUGACGGAGCAGCUGGACGCGCUCGAGUCUGGCGGCGCGCUGCCUCCCUCCCUGACCGAGGAGCACCGGCAGACCGGGCUGCGGCUGCUCGAGCUGGCCACGCUCUUCAACUCUGAGGACAUCUUCGCGUCCAACUCGUGCACGGCCUCUCUGCUCGACUGGCUGGAGGCGGCCAUUAAGGAGCUGCAGUGGCGCGCGCAGGAGGCCGGCCGGCAGCUGGAGCAGGAGCGCGCCGAGCGGCUGGCGGCGCAGGAGCGGCUCCAGGAGCUGGAGCAGGAGCGGCUGCUCGGCUCCACCGAGAAGCUGGAGACCAUCUCGGAGGACGCCGAGCGGGUGGCCGAGCUGGAGGCGGAGGUGGCGCGGCUGCGGCAGCUGGCGCACCUGGAGGAGGCAGAGGACUGCGACCGGCUGGAGAGCGGACAGCUGGAGAGAGGACUGGAGGCCGUGCAGUUAGAGAGAGGAGGGGAGGGCGGGCCGAUACAGAGCGGGCUGGAGGAGCAGAUGGCGCGACUGGCGGCGGAGCGACAGCGGGACGAGGCACUGAGCAGCCUCCAGCAGCUGCAGCAGCUGCUGGACGCCAGGGAGGAGGGCCGGGAGCGGGAGGAGCAGCUGCGCUACGAGCAGGCCGAGCUGGCAGCGCGCUGUCAGACCCAGGACACGGAGCUGGCGGAGCUGAGGGCCGAACAGGUACAGCUGGUGGGGCGCUGUCAGACCCAGGACUCGGAGCUGGCGGAGCUGAGGGCUGAGCAGGCCGAGCUGGCCGCGCGCUGUCAGACCCAGGACUCGGAGCUGGCGGAGCUGAGGGCUGAGCAGGCCGAGCUGGCGGCGCGCUGUCAGACCCAGGACACGGAGCUGGCAGAGCUGAGGGCCGAGCUGGCCGCCCAGCGCGCCUCGGCCAGCCAGCUGACGGACGAGGCAGUGGAGCUCUCCAGGAUGAUCCAGGAGGUAGAGGCGCUGAAACUGGACAACCAGGGUCUGCUUGACAAACUGACUGCGGCAGAGGAGGAAAAGAAAGUCAUCCAACAGCAGCGUGACAUCGUCCAGUCUGAAAAUGACCGGCUAAACACCAUGCUGAAAGAGCUGGACGAGGUGAAACUGGCAAAUGAAAAUCUGCUUACAACGGUAAGCAAUAUCGAAGCUGAAAAGAAAGAAAUCAAAGAGGAGCACAACAUCGUUUUAUCGGAGAAAGACAAACUGAAUUUGGCCAUCCAGGAGGCGGACAGGGAAAAGGAAAAACUUAGAACAGAACUAGCGGAAGAAAGAGAGAAACUUAGCUUGGCCAUCGAAAAAUCUGACGGAGAAGCGGAGAGUCUUCGAACGCAGCUCGCGCAGGAAAACGAUCGUCUUAAUUUGUUGGUUCAAAAGUUCACUGAGGACCAGGAAAAGCUAAGCGUGCAGUUAGCUGAAGAAAAGGGGACAGUGACCUCACUGAUUCAGCAGUUUGAUGAGGAGCGGAGGAAGCUGCAGGCCCAGCUGCGGGAGGAGUCGGAGCGGCUGGGCGCGCUGGUACACAGCUCCGGCGAGGAGCGGGACCUGCUGCGGGCGCAGCUGGCAGAAAAGUCGGGCAGCUCCGGGGAGCUGGUGCGCGCGCUGGAGCGCUGCCAGCGGCUCGAGGUGGAGCUGGACGCCUGGCGGCGGCUCUCCUCCAUCAUAGAGUCAUCGGCGGGGAGCGCCGCGCAGAGUGGCGGCCACUCUGAGUCGACAGAGGAGCGGUCCGGAGAGCCGGCCGGUGGACCGGCAGAGACCCAGUCCCCGCCGUCCGAUCCGGCCGGCGCCCCGUCAGAGUCCCCCUCGCAGCCCGCGGACCCGGCGGCGGCCAUCGAGGCGGCCGCGGCGGCGCUCAGCCGUCUGACGGAGCUGGCAGAGCUGGGCCGCCGGCUGUCCGCCGAGCGGGACGUCUGUGCCGGCGAGCGCCAACAGCUGAUCGCCGCGCUCAACCAGAAACACUCGGAGAGCGUGCAGUACCACGCCGAGAUCCAGCGGCUGUCGGCGGCCGGCGGCCAGCAGGCCGAGCAGCUGCAGCUGACGGCUGCGCAGCUGGCGCAGACGCGGCGCGCCAGGGACGAGGCGCUGGCGCAGUGCUCGCAGCUGCGCGCCAGUCAGGAUCAGCUGCUGGUGACGCUGCAGGAGCGCAACCAGACCGUGCACGACCUCCAGAACAAGUCCGACCAGCUGGAGGAGGCCGAGCGGCGGCUGCAGACCGAACUCCGCCGGCUCCGCGAGCAUCUAGUCACCAUCGAGGACAACUACACCCAGGAGGCGCUGCACGCCGAACAGCGCGAGGCGGCGCUGCGCGAGCGGAUCACCUCUGAGCAGCACCUCAACGCCGAGAGUGAGGCGGCCUCUCAGACCAUCGAGUCCCUCCAGGAGCAGCUGAUGACCGUCUCGCAGCAGCGCGAUGACGUCACACUGCAACUGGAUGACGUCACGCAGUCGCUGAACAACCUGCAGCGCGUGCUCGAACAGUUCCAGCGAGAAAAGCGACGGGAGGUGGAACUGGCCACCAGCGCUGCCAAGCGGCAGACCAAAGAACUAGAGGAGCAGGUGGCAACUCUCAAGACCCAGCUGUCGGAGGCCAGUGCCGGUCUGAAGGCGGCCAACCGGCUCAACGAGCAGCUGGACCGCAAGGAGCAGCUGAUCCUGGCGCUCAAGUCGGACGUCGAGGCCAAGGUAGACGCCAACAUCCGACUGCAGACCGAGCUGGACGAGCUCAAAGGCAACACCUCCGGCAAGGUGGACAAGACGCUGGUGAAGAACCUGGUGGUCGGGUACGUCUCGGCGCCGGCCGGCCACGAGCGCGAGGUGCUCAGGGUGAUCGCCACCGUCCUCGACUUCUCCGGCGAGGAGCGGGCGCGCGCGCGGCUGGACCCGGCGCCGGCCGCGCCCGCACCGCCCGGCGGCUCGCUCACUCAGGCGUUCGUGCGCUUCCUGGAGGCGGAGUCGACGCCGCGCAAGCCGGCCGUGCUUCCCGCCGAGCAGAUGGCGCGAGACGCGGCGCGCCGGACCGAGGCGCGCGCCCACCGAGCUGCCACACAGGGCCCGCCUCUGCCGCGGAGCACGCCGCCUCCCCAGCCGAGCCACUCGCGGCAGAGCUCCACGUCGUCCAACCUGCUGCUGUCGUUCUCUGACCAGCCGCCGGCGGAGGUAGCCGAGCCCAGCAGCGCAGUUCUCCGCGCCAUUAUCGGUGACGGCGCCGACGGCGGGGACAGCGCGCCGCAGGCGGACGCGGCGCACAGCUGAGCGCCGCAGUGCGCCGGUAUCGCCGCGCCCCCGCCGGUCGGCCGCGCGGCCCGCUUAUAAAGACUUAUCUUAUUGUCUCAAGUGUGCAUACGGGAAAUAUAUUUGUGCUGGUGCUUGAUUGACAUUGACGAGGCCCCGAGUGUUCGACAUGGUAUAUGGGCUGCCCACGAGUUGUGAUUGUGACAGAUAUCGUUCUAUUUUAUAUGGAUGUUGCGGCCAAAUAUAAUUGGUGAAUAAAUGAUUAUAUGCAUUCCA